AUGCUAUCAAAGAGGCACAACAAUGUACUAAAUAUAUCCUCAUCUUUGAAGGUUAAAGAGACAAUUGCAACCGGAGGAUAUCCUUAUGACUUGUAUUAUCUCCCCUGGCUGGAGGAGGUCUGGGUUCACACGUGGAGUAACUCUACUUUUGACGUCAUCAGUACUGCGGGAAGUCUAAGGAAGACUCAUACCGCCAUUAAAGCGCAUGUGCAACCAGGUUGGACUCAUGGUUACAUGUACGCUGACCAGCAAAUAGAGGAUGGAAAGGUGGGCUAUGUAACUCACAUGUUCAACCCAGGUAUUCAUCAGCUCGACUUGUCAUCUAAGACAUACAAAGACUUCGUGAAUGUAUCAAACUAUGGCUGCAGAGGAACUUUCAACUUUGCGUACAGCUUGGUCAACAAACACGGGUUUUUUGACUGCUUUAGAUCCAAGACACUCCUGGAACUUGACAUGGCAACUGAUCAGGUUGUAAGAAGCUAUAAUUUCACAGGGGUACCCUACGCUUCUAAAUACGGCCGUUACAUUGUAACUCUUUACAAAUCCGUCAACGAAUCAACCAACAUGCUCCUCGCCAGUGAAGUGGUCAUCCUUGCCGUUUCUGACGAGGACAGCGCUCCAAAUCAGAAACCCACUGUGAAAAUCUCUGGAGGUGUCAGUAAACUAGUGUUCGACCCCAAUAAUAUCGCUGUAGCCUAUAUCAGCCUCGUGUACCUCGAUAAGAUUGCAGUGUUAGAUCUCAAUUCCCUUCAAGUGAGCUACAUUGAUGGAGUCGGGAGUGUGUUGACGGCACCUGGUAUGCAUUCUGUGAGCCGUUCUCUAGUCGUGGCAGGGCCCUGGAUUGUAACACCAGCUACGGCUAAUAAUUCCGUUGCCGUAAUCAACAUGGCUAGCCGUGAGGUAGAGGGCAUGGUACAAGGGGUCGUCCAGGGCUUACGUAUGAUUGCCGUACGUCAGAAAGUUCCUGUUCCUUCAUACGCCGCAGAGUUUAUCCAUUUUUCGCCACUUAAGCUGAUUUUCACUCUGCUAUUUGCUCUACAAGUGACCGUUGGGUAAACCAACAACUUUUCAUAAUACUUUGGUAACGAUGUAGAAGAUAGCUUGAUAAGUCUUCAGCAGAAACCAUUGUCAGGCUAACAACAGAAAAGUGUAUUUUGAAACGAUUUGUAUGCUUACCACUAGAAAUGAUUGAUUGAAUAGUCAAGACACAUUUAUAUUUUAUACGACCCCGUGUGCAUUGCACCUGAUCUUAAAUCGGUUGGAAAGAACAAAACUCAGCUUUUUCUCCGCUGAAUUGAACAGAACCAGAAAAGUGAGUGUAUAAAGGAAAAAAACAGCGUAUAGAACUGUUUAGAGCAGGUGUAACGUGAACUUAACGACCUGACUGAAGAACGACACCCAUUACUUCUGUGAAGUUCACAGGGUUAAACCGUAUCUAAACAAUCCAAUCCAUAUUAUCGUAUUGAUGUGAGUGUCUCAGCAACUGCGCACCCACCCCUCCCUUAACCCAACAACAGUCAACUGAUUACAAGUUACGGUUAGUGUUGAAUCAGGGGAGGGGUGAGUACAGUGUUUUCUAUAUUACCUACAGACUUACUAGCUAUGUUAAUCAAAGUCAGUAUCAUCAAAAACGAGUCCUUGUUAAACUUAUUUUUCUGUUUUUUGAGAUGUUUAUUUUUCUGAACAUAUAACAGUAAGGCUGCUCUUUCCCAGAAUUCCUGGAUCAUUACAAGAGUAACCCCUCUGGGAAUGAAACACUAUCUUCAAAACAGUUUUGGUCUAAGAAGAAAAGCGUUUGUAGCAUUCGUAACGUUAUAUAAGGAUAGUUUCAUUCACCUGUUUCCAGUUGUAAUACAAAAACAGGUGAGUUACAAAUCUG